CAACGAUAUUUAAUUACACAAACAAUUUUACUGUCACAAUACGUUUCAGGUAUUAUUAUUCUUUUCAGAGCUUUCAGUUUCUUGUUAUGUGUAAAAAAAGACCACAUGUGAAUUUAAUUAAAAAAUUCUUAUGGCUGAAGUGCAUAUAAUAGGACAAAUAUGUCAAGCCAAAGAUUUUCCUAAACAACGUUUAUUUUGCAGGUGGCAUUUGCAAGUUGGAAACAAUUGGAGACAUAUAUCUGGUAAAAAGGAAGGACAAACGCAAGUUAGUUGGUCUGAUUUCGAUAAUAUUUGUAAAUGGUCUUUUCCUAUUGACAUCCAUUUAGCAACUUCAGGAAUUAGAGGUUGGCCAAAAAUAUUCAUUGAAGUAUACCAUUUUGAUUGGCUAGGUCGUGGUCACAUAUUUGGCUAUGGAGUUGUGACCAUUCCUACUAGUCCAGGAACUUACAAUCUCGAUUGUUACACGUGGAGACCUUUCGGAUCUAUUAAACAGCGUUUUUUUCAAUACUUUCUAGGUGGUGGGGUUCAAUUAAAACAUCCCGAACAAGUAUUUUCGGCAGGAGAACGAUAUAAACUAUCAACAGAGGCUAUGGGAGUUGUAAGUUUUGAUAUCAACGUCGUUUUUAGGAAUUUCGUGAACUAUGGAGUCGAAUAUUAAGAAAAAGAUAGCGCUCACUAUUUUUAUUUAUUUCGUUGUUACUUGUUUUGGUAAAGAAAUUAUCAAAAUUGAAGAACUCGCUAGUACUGAGGUUACUAGCAUUUCUACAACUACUGAUGCUAAUUUUAAAGGUGAAAAUGUUACUGAAGAAUAUACUACGUCUGAAUUUUAUAAUGAAAAAACUACAAUUAUACCUUUGUACAAUAAUGAAACGGUUCCAAAUAAAGUAGCCAAUACUAAACAAGUUUCACCUGAUUUUGACUUUUGUGCAUGUGAUCUGCAGCUAAACAUCUGCGACUUGAAUUGUUGCUGCGAUCAAGAUUGUUCUUCUCAAGAUAAAGAAGUUUUUGAACAGUGUGAAGUUGAGCCUAGAUAUUACGAUGCUCGGUAUUGCGACUAUGUGAAAUAUAUUUAUAUCAAUAAUACCCGUUUCGAAUGGGAAAUUAACCAAAACGGAUUAUUUUGCGUUGUUAAAAGUAACACUCCUCCAUCUUUUAUACUGCAAAGAAAACAUCCAUUAAAAACGUUUGAAGAGUCCGAAUAUGAGAAAAAUAAUAAAUUUUCAUGGCCACAAUACACUCAAGGUGGCGAUUCUUUUAACUCUAGUAGUAAAUUUAUUUAUGGAAGUCCUAUUUGGUACGUAGAUCAAAAGGGCUUACAUAAAUUUGAUGUUCCGAACAGUUUCAUAACGAAUCGGUGUUUAAUCAAAGAGAAUAUUUUUUAUUUAAAAAAUAUUCAUACAAGUUGCUCUCAAGUCGAUUUAUCUCAAGAAAAUUCGCAACUUAGUUUGAAAUAUUAUAUUGAUAAUGUAAGAUUUGUAGCUGUUCCAAAAUUAUUUAACAUAACUAAGUACAAGGACAAACUAUUAGAGAGCUGCCCCAAGAACGUCUGUUUAUCUAUUACUCCAAAAAUUUGUGACGAAUCAUUUACCCACUGUGCUAAUUUAUCAAAAAACGAUUCUAGAAUUAAUAUUAGAUGCAAUUUAAGUAUAAAAGACAAAAGUACCACUUGCGUAAGUGUGGUAAAAAAAUUAAAAUAUAUUUUUUAUCAUAAUGGAACGAAAGGUUUGACAGAUAUUUUAUUACUAACAUAUUUAGAUGAGAUAUCUUACGAAUUUGGGACCGAUGUACCGCAAAUAAAUCAAGACUUUUUUGUGAACUUUUUCUGGAGUAAUAUUACAACAAAAAGGCUUGUAAGUUUAAGCGGUAAUCCAGGUUAUUUGAUUGGAAGGCCAAUAGCAAUUGGUAUCUUAGAGAAUCUUAAAAACGGAACCGAUACGUUAUUGUCAAUAAAAAGGAAUGUAUCUGAAUAUACCGACAGUUUCUUGACUAUUCCCAAAAAUUUAAACGGUUACUGUAUAUUCACGUCCUCUGAAUAUUUGAGUAUAGAAUUUGGUUAUAACGUGUUAACUCGAUGUCAAUUCCAAAAAACCGUUUAUAACCAUAAAAAAGUUGUUAAUGGUACAGAACUAUGUAGAACGUUACAAAAAUCAAUAUUGAAAAUCUGGAAUAUACAUAGUAACAAAAUGGUAGGAUCCUUUGGUAACGCUGACAUUAAAAAACCUGACGAUUGGCAGAAAAUUUUAUACAAAAAGCUCCCUCAAACCAUAUUAAAUACUACUCUAGGAGAAUAUUAUCCAAAAAAUAAUUCAGUAUUGUGUAAAAGUAUGAUUAAAUCCUUGAACAUGGAUAUUUUUCAUUCCAGAGUUGAUGUUGGAUCUUUAAUAAAUCAAGAAAAAAUUUUAGCUUUAACUCUAUCUUUCGAUGACUCUGCAAGCUAUUCGCUACCAUUUAAAAAAGAUGAUAAUUCUUUGCUGUUAAAUACCGAAUUGGAACUCCGAGUCAGUUUCUAUGAUUUAACUGUUAAAAAAGAAAGAAAAGUUGUCGAUCCACCUAGUUUGGAUAUAAAAUUACCCUAUGACUUUUUUUACCCUUUCGUUAGAAUUAAUAAUAGUGGUAAUCAAUUUGCAUACAAUUUUUUGAAUUUGAUAAUUUUGUUUAUUGUCUUAUAUUUAAAAUAA